AGAAUUAACUACUAAUGAUUCGGAUUCGGAUUCUGAUUCUGAUUCACGUAGCAAACAGAGGCUCAGGCACAGACUCCGACACGGAGACGGGCAUGGACUCGGAAUAGGUGCCCGUUUCAAGGAUAUUCUCCGUUUUACCAGUUCUCCCGUUUCAUUUCCGCCUUCCUCUCUGCUCUUUUCCUUACAUUUCUUGCCUUUUGAUUCCUCUCUCUCUCUCUCUCUCUCUCUCUCUCUGUCCCAACAUGAUUUCUUCUCCCUUCAAUUCAAUAGUUCCUCUCUCCUUCUCUUCUUCUUCUUCUUCUUCUGGCUCCGUGAUGUUACCAAAUCUCUAUGACUACCCCAGGCCCAAGCGCACCAAUUUUACAUCCAGAAACCUCGCGUUCAUGCCUUUGAAAUGCAUUCACAAGUACCGUUUCGAUUCCUCAUCGGAAUCGGACGCUCGAUUCCCUAGUUUCUCUGCUUCUUGCUUAACGGCAACGGACGCCAGGUUAACUUCCUCCGAUCUCGUCGCCGAUAGGCUCCGCCGCGUCGUAGCCGAGUUCAGGUCUCUCCCGGAGCCAAUCGACCGCGUCAAGCGGCUCUUGCACUACGCGGCGCUCCUUCCCCCCUUAGGCGAUUCGGCUCGAGCGCCGGAGAAUCGAGUCACGGGGUGCACCACCCAGGUGUGGUUGGAGGCCGAGUUGGACGAGCUUGGGCGGGUGAGAUUCAGAGCCGACAGCGACUCGGAGAUAUCGAAGGGAUUCUGCUCGUGCCUCAUUUACAUGCUGGACGGCGCGGACCCCGAGGAGGUGGUGAAGGUGAAGUCGGAGGAUCUGGCGGACAUGAACGUGGGUUUGCACGGAAAAUCCCAUUCCAGGGUGAACACGUGGCACAAUGUUCUUAUUGCUAUGCAGAAGAGGACGAUUGCUUUGCUCGCUGGCUCCGAAUGAGUUACCCAUUUUUGGAGCACCCCUCUCCUAUGUUGCCAUAGUCGUUGAUCUUAGCGCCAAAGGGAGUUUUUAGAAUGCUGGUGUGUUCAGGAUGUCAAUUGAACAGUUUAUUUGCACGCUAGCUGGCAGAUACUGCAGCAGACCCUGCGUACAUGUGUAUUCUUGAGGCAGCUGCAGUUGCAUCUCCUUCUGCGCGUGUUAUAUUAUGUAAACACUUUGUAGGAGGAAAAAGCAUGUGCCCCAGAGCUUGUACCUAUAAUUAAUCAUGUUGUUCAACAAUUUUUCAGGGAUAUGCUCAAUUUCCAAAUAAAAACUUACGUUUUAAGGACCUGAAUCCUAGAUGCUACAAAAAAGCCAAGUUGUUUCAGCAAAUGUCUACGCUCUUAUGGAAAAUGAAGAUAUUGCUGAGAACAUCCAGUUACUGCAGAGGCUCUAUAGGGCAUAGAGUCAUUGUUGCCUCGCCUGCAUUAUCAACAUUUAAUUCUUUAGCUGCUUUAAUGGAGCUAAGAAAAACUUCUUUUUUUAUUUUUAUUUUUAUUACGAGUCCAUUUUGAUAAUGCUAUAUGGAUUUAAGUGCCUCAUCAUGGAUUAAUUUACUUAUUUUAGGCAAGUGGGCUUACGGGAUUUAUAUUUGUUUUGUUUACUUUCUAGAUGGGACAUAAGUUCAAUUUUCCUCUUCCCUUUUAGCAACCGUCAAUCUUUGUCGCAUGCCGCCCACUCCAUGUCAACGUUGUUUCUCACCAUCAGCCCACCACCAAAAGGCAUUUUGAGGUAGUAGAUGUAUAAGUUAUUUUACAAAAAUGUCAUUCAUUUAAAAUAUGGUUGUGUAGAAAAUUGUGAAAAUAAGUUGGGUAUAUUAUUAUUAAAUAAAAACAAUGAUUUCUAACGGUAUGACCGUUUGUGAAUUUAUGAGAGGUAUUGUAUAAAGUCUGUAAUAUAUAUAUGGUGUGAAAAAAAGGAGUUGAUUAAACUAAAAGAUUAUGUGUGAUGAAAGAAGAUGAGAGAGACAAGAUAAUGAGAGAACUUUCGUGAGAGCCCGUGCGAAUGUUUGAAGGAACUCUCCGUGCAGUAGCUGCAUGACCACGUUGAGUAAAACAUUUUGAUAUUAUAUCUUAGUUUUUGAUAAUCUUUUAAAGACAGGUGAGUGGGUAUGUAUUACAACCUCAAGUCGAGAUAGAACAUUAUCUCGACGGAAUUUCUUUGGUCACUUAGGAGCAUGUAAUGAUGGAGUGAUGUCUUCUAGGUUGAUGCUGGGCAUCAAAGACUCGGAUGAGACGAUAAACUCUUAUACCAUAGUCAUAGCCUCUUUGCUGGCGAAGGCUAGAGAAUGUUGUGGUAAAGGACGUGUAUGGGAAGCCAAGCAUUGCUUGUAACAAAGUCUUAAGCAUUGCUUAUAAUAAAGUCUUACGCCGAGUCGUUACAUGUGAGAAAGAGAGCUAGGUGUAUACAAGGUCAUCAUAGGGGAGGCUAUGAUGCAUAGAUACAAUGUUCUGUUUUUUUUUUUUUGGAUUUCUUCAAGUUAGUUAGGAAUAGUGUUUGCUUGGUUUCCUCGUCGUGUUAAAUUUAAAAGUGUGCAUGAAGUUAUUCAAUCCUAUUGCUCGAGGCGUGGCAUACCCCAAAUUAAAUAUUGAUUACUCAAAUCUUUUUUCACAA